AUGACUCAGGACAACUUCAAGGUCAUCGUCGUUGGUGGUGGACCUGUCGGUCUGACGGCAGCACACGCCUUAUCGCGAGCCGGCAUAGAGUACGUCGUGCUCGAAAGUCGCAAUUCAAUCACAAUCGACGUUGGUGCAAGCCUGGCAUUAUGGCCGCAGGGACUGCGAGUUUUAUCCCAGCUAGGCCUCCUAGAGCGUCUGCAAGAGCUUGGAGAGGAAAUGGGACGCACCACGGCAGUAACUCUUGAAGGGCACAAGUAUAAGGAGACAUGGGCUACGGAGACCGUGAAGGAAAAUCACGGUGCUCGUGCGACCGUCUUCCACAGGGCCGAUGUUGUAGCUCUUCUCUAUGAAAGCCUCAGCAAGUCUGAUAAGGAUUGCGUCGUAACAAAUAAGACGGUAAUCGACAUCGCUACGAGCAAGGACGGUGUUCAAGUGCGCUGCGGUGACGGAAGUACAUACUCCGGCUCAAUAGUCGUUGGAGCGGACGGAGUACACAGCAAAGUGCGCCAGCGCAUGCGUGAGCUUGCUAUCAACUUCUCGGCACCAGAAGUCAACGAAGAAAAGCCGUUUCUAUCCGAGUACAAGGUUCUAUGGUGCACCUUCCCCCGCCAGCCAAGCAUGGACCCAGGCGACACAGUUGAGAUACACGGCAAAGAUCUCUCACUGCAAUGUCUCAACAGCAAGACCCGGUCAUGGCUUUUCAUUUACGAGCGACUGCAAAAACCCACCCGCGAGCGCGUCUCUUACUCACAAACAGACGCUGAAGUAUUCGCUGAGCGCUGUGGAGACCUCGCGAUUAGCGAGCAUCUCAAGGUGAAGGAUGUCUUCCCCAAGCGAUACACAGCAGGCAUGUCGAACCUCGAAGAAGGCAUCGUGAAGCACUGGAGCUGGGAUCGCAUCGUGCUUGUCGGUGAUUCUUGCCACAAGUUCACACCAAACCAGGGUCUAGGGUACAACAACGGGAUUCAAGACAUCGUGGCACUUGUCAAUGAAUUAAAACGCGCCGUUUCGCCUGGCAACCGCGCAGAUGGUGCUGGCUUGCCUCUUGAUGUCCUUACCGGUAUUUUUUCCCGGUACCAAGCUGCUCGUAUGGAGCUGCUGCGCAAGGAUUACAAUGCCUCGGCGUCGUGGACACGGAUGUCCGCGUGGAGCAACUGCUUUAAUCAUCUGUUGGACCGUUACGUGCUGCCUACGAUCCCAAAUUUUAAUGAGUUUGUGAUCACUUAUGUCCUUGCUGGGCAGAUCAGCAAGACUCUGGUUUUGGAUUUCGUCGAGAGCGAGGAGCCCUUCGAAGGAAAGAUUCCAUGGAAGCAGAACAUGAAACCUUCAAGCAUAAAACCGACGAAGUAG